AGUUUCAUGUUAGUUCACGUUCUUACUGUGAAACAUGUCUAAAUUAUUAGUAUUUGGUUUGAUCCAAACUAACCCAGUGCAGCUCGGAAACAUUUUCAAUCUCCUAGUCCAAGCUAGAGAGUUGGAAAAGACCAUCAAUUCAGAAAGCAAUUUCAAGAAAAUCAGUCUCCUUGACAAGUAUGUCCGACAGCAUAGUAAAUGGUUUCGAGAGAAUGACUGCCUUAGUCGGCACUACUUCAACUAUUUGUUGCUGGAUCCUCGAGUUACGAACAAACUGAGGGAACGAGCUGGUCGUCUUCAUCUAAUAGAUGUUUGGUAUACCUUCCUAAAAGCCAUUUUCUACGUGGGAAAAGGCAAGGCAAAACGUCCUUAUGUUCAUUUAAAAAAGGCCCAAAAAUUGCUGAAGGAAACCAACAGCAUUACGUUAGUCAAGGACCCCAAGUUAGCCUUAAUAGUGUCCAUCUGGAGGGAAAAACGUGGGGUCUUACUAAUACGGGCUUUUCAAGGAAUUUCGUCACAAGAUGCAGAAACUCGUGAGGCAUCCAUUCUCGAUGCUCUAAGUAUGAAUCACUUGACCAACCGGCGAUUGGGCGUAUACUGUGGUUUAGCUCGAAGCAGUUUAUCGAGUAAGGAGCGAAAGUAUCUGGGGAUAGCUUUGCUGUACAAGUUGAUGCUGAAAUUCCUAGCAACCGAAGAGAAAGAACUAUUUCCGCUAAAGAGCACCAAAACGGAUGAAUUCAAAGCUGCAAUGGCAUCUUAAUAUAGCUUAAUAUAUCUUUCAUAAUAUAUCACUUA